AUGGAGCGUUCCGAAGACGGCACAACGCUUAUGCGGUGCCAAGAACGGCGGCGAGUGCUGCUGCAGGGGGUCGAGAUAGAGGUUCAGGAGUCGACGAGCACCCGGCCGCAGAACAACCCUGACGUCGCGGCGCCCAGCAGCAUCGCUGCGCGCGCUGGGCAAACCAGCAGCAGUGGGGCGGAUCCGCUGGACGCGCUCACAGUGCAGCUUCUGGAUGAAUUCUUUGCUUAUGCCAACGAGCUGCAGCGGGGCCUGGCGAGCCGAGGCGUGCUGUUGGAAACUGGGCCGCCGCCGCACAGCCGUCCCCCAGACGACGGCCUCAGCGCUGCAUCGCCAAGCGCGGCCAUAUCAGCUGCCAGCUCAGCAGCCGGAUUCAGCAGCGGGAGCGUGGAGCGGCAGGCGGCGGCGUCGGCGCCGGGCCUCUUGGAACGAUGGCUCGGCUGGGGCUCGUGGGGCGCGCAGCGGCAGGAGCAACAGCAGCAGGAGGCGCACCACCACCACCAGCAGCAGCAGCAGCAGCAGCAGCAGCAGCAGCAGCAGCAGCAGCAGCAGCAGCAGCAGCAGCAGCAGCAUGUGAACAGCCCGACCCGACGGGCAACGGCCAAGGAGCAAGCAGCAGAGGCGCAGUUCGCGCUCUGA